AGUCCAAAGAAAUUGGUUCCAAGACAGCAAGAUUGUGGGUUGCAAAUUAGUUUCACAGGAAAUUGCUCGCACGCUUCUCAUCCAAAUCGGAUGCUUUCAUCCAUAAACAAACGAAAAAUCGAGUCUUUUGUAUCAAUCAAUUGUCUUUGCGUUUCGCAUUUCUUAGAUUUUUAACGGAAUGCUGCUUUUUGUCUUGUCUCGCGUUCUUCCGGGUCAGAUCUAACCUGAGGAGGAGAAUGAGCGGCCAAGAGGCGUCGUCUUCGUCUCCGGCGAGGAAGAGGAAGAAGGAGGGAUUGGGUUGGAUAGAGUGGUUCAGAGGAUGGACUUGUGUUUUCGAGGAGUUUCUCUUCCAGAGAAUCAUGGCGUCUCACUUGCAGAACCCUCUUCCUCUUCCUCCUCUCAACGGCAUCACCUGCAUCGUCACCGGAUCCACCAGUGGCAUUGGCCGCGAGACUGCUAGGCAAUUGGCAGAGGCUGGUGCUCAUGUUGUUAUGGCAGUGAGGAACACAAAGUCGGCUCAGGAGUUGAUCCAGCAAUGGCAGAAUGAAUGGUCGGGCAGGGGCCUUCCACUUAACAUUGAGGCAACGGAACUUGAUCUCCUCUCUCUGGACUCUGUUGUGAGAUUUGCGGAUACUUGGAACGCACGUUCAGGACCUUUGCAUGUUCUGAUUAACAAUGCCGGCAUAUUUGCUAUGGGAGAGCCGCAAAAGUUCUCAAAGGAUGGGUAUGAGCAGCACAUGCAAGUGAACCAUUUAGCUCCAUCGCUGCUUUCACUACUUCUUUUGCCGUCACUUAUCCGAGGAUCCCCAAGCCGGAUUAUCAAUGUGAAUUCGGUUAUGCAUCAUAUCGGUUUUGUUGAUCCUGAUGACAUGAAUCUCAUUUCCGGUAGAAGAAAGUAUUCGAGCCUCAAAGGAUAUUCGAGCACCAAGCUAGCGCAGGUUAUGUUUAGUAGCAUCCUUUUCAAAAGGCUACCUGUGGAAUCCGGCAUUAGCCUUGUAUGUUUGUCUCCGGGUGCUGUCUUAACGAAUGUCGCGAGGGAUCUUCCAAGGUUCCUUCAAGCUAUAUAUGCUGUGAUACCUUACUUUAUCUUUUCGCCCCAAGAAGGUUGUAGAAGCUCCAUUUUCGCAGCCACUGAUCCUCAGAUUCCCGAGUACUGUGAAACACUGAAAGCUGAUGAUUGGCCUGUCUGUCCAUUCAUCUCUCAAGAUUGCCGCCCGACGAAACCUUCUGAAGAAGCACAUAACCUAGAAACUGCAUACAGAGUGUGGGAAAAGACUCUAGAAAUGGCCGGUCUCCCUCUCGAUGCAGUGGAGAGGCUUAUAGAAGGGGAAGAUGUGAAAUGCCAACGAUGAGUAGUCGUCAGUCUUGUCACAAGGUACCCUUUUCCACGAUGCAACCAAGACUAUACAUGUUUAUUUGGAGAUAAGAGUUUUUUGUGAGGUUUCUGUAGGGAAUUUGCUGCAAAUUCAUAAAGUUUGUGACUUUUUCUUUUGAAGUUUCCCAGUUUGUAAUUUUCUUUUGUUGUCUCAGUAAUAUUUUGAUUAUUGUUUUGUGGUUGGUGUGAAGAUUGAAAUUUAUUACGUACCCAUGAAAUGAAAUUUCUGGUUUGACGUG